AUGGGUGGAUAUACAUAUCCGAAAGCAGUGGUAUUUGACCUCGACUAUACAGUUUGGCCUUGCUGGUGUGAUACACACAUAACACCACCAUUGAGAUCGACCAGCAAGAAUCGAGUAACUGAUGCCUACAAAUUUAACCUUGCCCUAUAUGAAGAUGUCAGUUCCAUCAUCACUGAAUUGGUUCAAAACGACGUCAUCAUAAUUGGAGCUAGUAGAACUGCCACCCCCAGGAUUGCACAGGAAUUAUUAUCCUUACUUCAUAUUGGUGAUAAGCCAGCCAUCAAAUAUUUUGAUUCAUUACAAUGGGGACAAGGAUCCAAGAUCAAACAUAUUACAAAAGCUGCUAAGCAAUUACAACUUGAGGACGAUUUAAAGGAUGGUCAGUUCAUUUUAUUUGAUGAUGAAAUGCGAAAUAGAGACGUAGAAUCUAUCAGGUGCCAUUUUGCUUAUGUGCCCGAUGAGGAAAGGGGUCUAACUAGGCAAAUUUUUGAAGAGGAAUUGACAAAAUGGACAAAUUCAAGGCGGAAGCAAUAG